UGUAUCUUUUCAAUAGUUGUAGAAUUGAAUGUUAGGUCAUCUUUAACAUGAAAUUUAUCUAGUCAUUCUUAAAGAAUCGAUUACCCUAUUUUUAACUUUACAGAACAUUAUGCAUAGCUAUGUAAAUGCUUUAUGUAUUUAUUUAUGUCAGUUGUUCAUAUCUAUGGGUACUACUCAGGCUAUCAGCAUGAAGCAAGCUAUUUUUUUCCCUUGGAGAAUCAAAGUGUCCUUCAGGAGAGGCCCAUCGGGUCAUUUACGUCGGGACCCAUCUGAAGAGGCGAGAAGGAUUAAAGACAAUCCUUCUUUGCAAGACAAGUCAACACCUCAAAGAGAAGAUGUGGUCAGGAACAAUGCCCGUUCUGUUGUAUUACAGAGGGGAGGGGAUGUUUCAGACAAGCAAGAAGUGUUAGGAGAAUACAUUCUUCAGUUUGGGAAGUACAAAGGGAAGUCCUUCCGGUGGCUAUUGGAGAAUGAUAUUGGCUACACUUUGUACUUGUCCAGUAAGGUUGAGGAGGAAGAACGGGCUGGACAGUUCAACCCAGAGGGUCCUUGCAAGGAUAGCCUCCUUUCCUUUCUUGAAUACUCAAGAAGCUUUAAGGAAAUUGAGGAUCUCCGGCGAUACCUUUCAGAGAGGCCAGACCCAGUACCAGUUUUGUCAGAGGAUGACAAUGUUGUUGGAUUUGGGGCACGAGCACAAGACACCUGGAGGAAGACCUGGAAUACCAGAGCUGAUGGGUAUGCUGCCUUUAUAAUGGGGAAGAGCUGUGUUCCAGGAAGUAAAAUGUACCGCUUGCAGCAAUAUCUUUUAAAGCAGCAAAGACAGGUGACCACAGCCCCUUCUGCUACACCUUCACCCUCACCAUCAACUCCCUCUGCACCUUCCACUUCAUGCCUUUCCUCUGAUCAUCCAGUAAUGGAGGAGGAUGAGGAACUGGAGAAGAUGAUGCUGAGUCUGUCUCCACCCAAAUGUCCUACACAGCAGAGUAAGUGAACCAAGAGGCUGCGUGAACGUCAUGUCUGUUAUGUCCAGAAUUAUCUAGUUCAACCUGUUUAUGGCACAUUAAACUGCACAUACAAGAGUGAUACUAAUCAAAUGAUAUUGUAUAUUUCAGGGUCACCCACAGCCACUGCGUGUCCCGUCUUCUCUGCAGCAGGAGGUUAUUUUCCACAUCAGUUUUGGAGGCUUAUCCUAUUACCCACAGUUUUUUCCUCCAUAACUGUUUUUAAUACAUUUGUUUAUUGUUUUGGCAGUGUUCUUGCCUGUUCUAAAAAUUGCAUUCUUUUGUUCUACUAACUAAUGUUAAAGGUUGAACAUACCGGUGAUGAGGGUGAGUGCACUUCAUGAAUUUUAUGCAUGCUAUUUAAUAUGUGUGUAGUAUCUCCUCAAA